AUGCCUAGCAGAAGAGAUGCUCAUGGCCGCGUUGUUGAUUGGACUUGUUUGGUUACCAAGUACUCGAGAGGCGGCUGGGUGGAUGAGGCUCGGGUGCUGUUUGAUAUAAUGCCGGAGAGGAAUGUGGUUAGUUAUAAUGCGAUGCUGUCGGGGUAUUUGCGGUCGGGGAGGUUGAGUGAGGGGUGUAGGUUUUUUGAGGAGAUGCCGGAGAAGAAUGUGGUGUCGUGGACUUUGGUGUUGUGUGGGCUGGCUGAUGCGGGGAGGGUUGAAGAGGCGAGGCGGUUGUUUGAGGCAAUGCCGGAGAGGAAUAUUGUGUCGUGGAAUUCGAUGAUUGGUGGGUUGGUUAAGAAUGGGGAUGUGGAAGGAGCGAGGGAGGUUUUUGAGAGGAUGCCGGUGAAGAAUGUUGUUUCAUGUAAUGUGAUGAUUGGGGGGUAUGUGGAGCGGUGUAGGAUGGAUGAGGCGAGAGGUUUGUUUGAUGGGAUGGUGGAGAGGAAUGUGAUAACUUGGACUAGCAUGGUAUCUGGUUAUUGUAGGUCUGGCAAUGUGGAUGAAGGGUAUGCUUUGUUUCGGGAAAUGCCUGAGAGGAAUGUUGUUUCUUGGACAGCCAUGAUCGGUGGCUUUUCUUGGAAUGGAUUUUGUAAAGAAGCUCUAUUGCUGUUCCUUGAAAUGAAGGGGGACUAUGGGACAAAACCAAACGGUGAGACCUUCAUAUCGCUUGUGUAUGCUUGUGCCGGUAUUGGGGUGCCUCAGCUUGGAAUGCAACUGCAUGCUCAGUUGAUUGUCAACAAUUGGGACCAUGAUGAUUAUGGUGGCAGGCUGUCAAAGGGCCUGAUUCACAUGUACUCGGCCUAUGGUAUCAUGGAUUAUGCAGACUUUCUGUUUAUGAAGCACUCAAAUACUCAUAGUGUUCAGUCUUGUAAUUCUAUGAUCAAUGGUUACAUACAUAUUGGGAAACUAGAACAGGCUCAGAACCUCUUUGACAGACUACCAAUCCGAGACAAGAUCUCUUGGACUUCUAUGAUCACAGGGUAUUUUAGUGUUGGGGAAGUAUCAAAGGCUUGUUAUCUGUUCCAAAUUAUGCCAGAUAAGGAUGCUAUUUCAUGGACAGCGAUGAUUUCAGGGCACAUCCAAAAUGAGCUUUUUGCAGAAGCCACUGAUAUCUUCUUUAAAAUGCGUUCAGAAGGUGUUUCGCCUCUGAGUUCAACAUAUUCAGUUCUUCUUGGAGCAGCUGGUGCAAUGUCAUAUCUUGAUUCUGGAAGACAGUUCCAUGGCCUUCUGACAAAAACACAUUAUGAACUUGACUUGUUUAUUAGUAACUCACUGAUCUCAAUGUAUGCCAAAUGUGGGGAAAUAGAUGAUGCUUACCGUGCAUUCUCUAACAUGAGUUUCCGGGAUUUGAUUUCUUGGAAUUCCAUGAUCAUGGGGUUUUCAGACCAUGGGCUUACAGAUAAAACUCUGAAGAUCUUUGAAGCAAUGGUGCAAUCUGGAACACAGCCGAACUCAGUAACUUUUCUGGGCAUCCUGUCAGCAUGUAGCCAUGCAGGGCUAGUCCAUAAAGGAUGGGAGUUUAUUAAUGCCAUGAGUGAUGUUUAUGGAAUUCAGCCAGCUCCGGAGCAUUGCAUCUGUAUGAUUAAUCUUUUGGGCAGAGCUGGGAAGGUAAAGGAAGCCCAAGAAUUGGUUAGGAGGCUACCUUUCAAACCAGAUCAUGCUGUUUGGGGAGCAUUGCUUGGUAUUUGUGGGUUCGGUAAAACGAAUCCCCAGGUUGCUAAAUAUGCUGCAAAACAACUCCUGGAGAUGGAUCCUUUAAAUGCACCAGCCCAUGUGGUCCUUUGUAACAUAUAUUCAGCAAAUGGUCUGCAUAUUGAGGAAAAAGCUCUGAGAAGGGAGAUGGGGUUGAAAGGAGUGAGAAAGGUUCCUGGCUGCAGUUGGAUUCUAGUGCAAGGGAGAGUUAAUGUAUUCCUCUCUGGAGAUAUAUUACACCCAGAUGUCGGUGAGAUGCUGUUAGUGCUAUUUGGCAAUAUGAGUGAAUCACAAAAAGAGUCCAGUACAGUUCUUUAUGUUUAG